AGAUAUAUAUUGUGUUCAACAGAGGGCGCUCUCAUUGGAUGCAAUCAACUGGAAAAACAAGAAAAAAACUCCGUGGAAACUUUUUUGUAACUCUUGACAUCUAAUCUCAACCAGUAAGUUAUUACGAUAUAGAAUUAGGCAACUUCGUAGUUGUUGAACUUUUCGAUUGGUGAAUUUUUAAGAGGCAUAUUGUAUAUUUUAUCUAACUAUCACUUGGGCAAGGCGCGUUUAUAUGUCUGCAUGAAAAUUGGUUAGUAUAAUUUUGGCAAAGGCCAUGCAUGCCUUUCCUUUGCGGCAGUCCUGUUAAAGCUAUAAUCUUUAUUAAAGCAUGUUUAGACUUCAAGGUGACUUGUCAUUCUAAAGUUCAUUGAGUUUUCUUAGUUUAUUGCUGAAUAUUUGUUAUAUACAUAACAAUAUAUAUUAUAUAUAUAUAUAGAUAUAUAUAUACAUAUAUCUGACUCUAUUGGAUUAAAAUGUUUUUAUUAACGAAAUUUUGCUUAUAAAUAUCACUUAUCAAACAGAAAAAUGACAGAUAUUGAAAGUGAUGUUGAUCCAAAUGAAACGGAAUCCGUGGAGACCUAUAGAACUCGUUUAAACGAUGUUCUUAAAAAGAAGGAUCUAGCCGAUCUGGAAAUGAGUGGAUCUAUAGUGACAAAUAAUGGAGACAACGUGCAAACUAUGUCAACUGACUACGAUUACUUAAUCAAAUUCCUCGCUCUAGGUGAUUCCGGUGUCGGAAAAUCCCAUAUGAUACAUAGUUUCGUCAAUGAAUCUUUCCACAACGAAUCAACGCUAGGUGUUGAUUUUAAAGUGAAGACUAUUCGAUUUAAAACCGGGGCAGGCUCUGAAUAUAAUAUACGUCUUCAAAUAUGGGAUACGUGCGGUCAGGAAAGAUUCCAUAGCAUUUGCAAAUCGUUUUAUCGCGAUGCAAUGGCUUUCCUUGUCGUCUUUGAUUUGACAAACAAAAAGACGCUCAAAAAUGUCGAGUGGUGGCUGAAGGAGGUGAAACGUAACGCUUAUUCUACAACACCUGAUUUGGUUUUAUGCGGUAAUAAGAGUGACGAUUUAAGAAGAGAUGUUAAGGACAGUGAAAUUGAACAGAUCGUCAGCGCUUUCGGUUUAAAUUACGUAGAAACAUCUGCGUUAACGGGUGAUAAUGUUGAUAAAGUCUUCCAUUUCUUGCUCAAUAAUGUUUUAAAAAAAAUCGAACUUCAUUCAGAACAACCGGGACCUCCACGUAGAUAUUGCAGUCAAAUAGCUUUAGUACCGAAGUCUGAUAAAGCCAAAUGCGCUUGUGAUUCGGGAGUUGGUAAAACAAGUUUGCUCUUUCAAUAUACCGAUAGUAAAUUUAAUAGUAAAUUUAUAACAACUGUCGGAAUUGACUUUAAAGAAAAAAGAGUUGUUCAUCGGGCCAAUUUACCGGAUGGAUCAUUAGCACCUACUUCUCAUAAAAUUCAUUUACAAUUGUGGGAUACGGCUGGACAAGAAAGAUUUAGAACUUUCUUUCGUGAUGCAAUGGGUUUUCUAUUAGUGUUUGAUUUAACAAAUGAAUCGAGCUUUCGCAACGUUGGUGAUUGGUUAACCCAACUGCAAACUCACGCAUAUUGUGAUAAUCCGGAUGUAGUACUUUGCGGUAACAAAUGCGAUUUGGACGAGAAUAUUAGAGCUGUGUCUCAAAAGGAAAUAAGAGAAUUUACAGAUCGUUAUGGAUUGUCCUACUUUGAAACAUCCGCUAAAACUGGUGAAAACGUUUCACAGGCUGUUGAAUGUUUACUUGACAAAAUAAUGCUUGCUUUGGAUAAAAAUAAUUUUCCAGCUUUGGCUAGAGGUGGAGCUAAAAUAACUGAAAAAGAAACAGCACAAAAAAAGGAUUGCGCCUGCUAA